AUGAGCAAAAACAGAGGCCAGAGAGACCAGGCCGCAAAAGCCCCGGAUCCGCCUGCGGCUGCUGCUUCCCCGGACAUGAAUGUGCUAAUGGAGGCUAUUGCUAAUUCAGAGAAGACAAUACUGGAGCGAAUUGAUUCAAGCACGAAAGACCUGAACGACAAGAUAGACACUAUCAAAGAAGAUAUAGUGAAGCAGGACACCCGCUUGCAAGAUGUCGAAUCUGGUUUGAAUGUCUACUCGGAUCGCACAGAGCAAUUGGAGGAUGGUGUUAGCGUGCUGCGGGCGGAGGUAGCUCGGCUAGCUAACAAGCUAGAUGACCUGGAGGGGCGUCAGCGCCGAUGCAACGCACGCAUCGUCGGGGUGAAAGAAGGCUUUGAAAACACCGGGAAGCCGACAGAUGUUAUUGCCACCAUGUUAAAAGACGUACUGGGUCUCGGAUUCACCCCUAUGCUGGACCGAGCCCACCGCGGCCUGCAGCGACCGGCCCAAAAUGGAGACCCUCCCAGAGUGAUCGUGGUAAAAUUUCAUUACUUCCAGGAGAAAGCAGAAGUGUUUAAAACAGCCGCAAACUCAUCGCCACUGAAACUACAGGGUCGGAGAAUAAGCAUUUUUCCUGACUACACGGCUGAUGUGGCCAAAAAGAGAGCUGCUUUCAAUGAGGCCAAGCAACUGCUCCGUAGCUGUGCUGGUGUCAAGUUCGGGGUUCUGUUCCCAGCGGUCCUACGAGUCACUUCAGCAACAGGGCAAGACAACCGGUUCACCGACCCAUCGACGGAAAUUGACUUUAUCAAGAAGAACUUACAGCCAUAA